UCGAUAACAGGUAUAUCGUUACAAUUUAAGGAAACCGAAUGUGAAGUCCCUAUUAGUUUAUCGAUCUUCACAACCCUAUUGGCAGAUGGCGUCAAAAAUCGAUCUAAGAAUCCCUAGUUCACCCACGAGAGAAACGAUAUCGCCACAAAAUGUCGGGCCAUUUUAGACCACCUACAUCGGCGCAUGUACUGCGUAAAAUCAAACAGCUAUCUGUGCCCAAAGCCGAUGCAAUCUACAUGACCAACCGAAAUCCUAGGAAUUUGGAAAAAUUACGUAUUGCCAACAAACCAAUGGGUUAUCAUCUGGAGAAACCGGGAAGAUCAUUUUGGCACAAACUAGAGGUUAAUGUUUCCGGGCGUUACGUGACAGCCGAAGUGAAACAUUUCCAAAAUGGACCAAUAAUUUCGGCCAGUACGUCAGAAUGGGCAAUCAAAAAACAGUUGUUUAAAUCAAAAGAUACCACAGCAUUCAUCAACCUAGCCCGCGUUUUAGCAGCUCGUUGCCAACAGUCGGGUAUAACAGAAAUGAUGUGUAACAUAGAGGCAGUACCUGGUGGCAAAUUGGAUAAGUUUCUCAAGACCGUUGAAGAAAACGGUGUUGCAUUGAAAGAACCACCUCAGUACGUCAAUCCUAAGCCUUGGGAUGCGAAAAGGGAAGAUAAACCAUGGGAUGUUUUGGAAGAAGAUAUUAAGAACUAAGUUAUUACAUAUGCAAUACACCCAAAGUUUUUGUUAUUUCAAUAAAUUUGUUUAGAAUUUA